AUGGAUAAUACAUUAAAUGUGACAUAUAUAACUUUUGGUGGGCAUGUGGAAGUGCAGAAAUAUAGAUAUCUUUAUUUUGUGAUUAUGUUUACAGCGUAUAUUUUAAUAAUUAGCAGUAAUUUCACUAUUGUGGGCAUCAUAAUGAUUAACAAAUCCCUCCAUGAGCCAAUGUACAUUUUCAUUGCAGCCUUGUUAAUCAACUCUGUUGUUUUCAGCACUACUAUCUACCCAAAGCUUUUGAUUGACUUUUUAUCAGAAAAACAGAUCAUAUCUUAUCCAGCCUGUCUCUUCCAGUGGUUUAUAUAUUACUCUCUAGGCUGUUCGGAAUUCUUCCUGUUGUCGGUCAUGGCUUAUGAUAGAUAUGUAUCUAUAUGUAACCCUCUGCAAUAUCCAACCAUCAUGAGAAAAACAACUGCUAAUAUUUUGCUGAUUGUUGCUUGGAUUCUGCCUGCUUGUCAGGUUUCAGUAGCAAUGUUAUUGAGUGCAAAGGAAAAAAUCUGUCACUUUAUUUUGAAAGGAAUAAAUUGCAACAGCACAGUUCAAAACCUUCACUGUGUGAGGUCAGGCGUGGUGAAUAUUUAUGGCUUGUUUGUUUUUGUGAGUGCUAUAUGUCUCCCUGUGCUCUUCAUACUUUUUACAUACAGCAGGAUACUUGUGAUAUCGUACCGAUGUAGAGGAGUCAGGAGAAAAGCUGCACAGACCUGUUUACCCCAUCUGCUGGUUCUAAUCAACUUUCUCUGUUUAACUAUGUAUGAUGUACUUCUUGCUCGACUGGAACAGGAUUUUCCCAUAAUUAUACGUUUUAUAAUGGCUUUGCAAUUAGUAAUAUAUCAACCUCUAUUAAAUCCAAUCAUUUAUGGACUAAAAAUGAAAGAAAUUUAUAAACACCUCAAGAGGCUGUUCUGCAAAAUGGUCUAA